ACUCCUACGCUUUGUUUUGAAUUCAAAGUUAAAAAAUAAACUUUGAAUAAUUAUUUACCUACCUUAGAAUGUGAUAUCUUAUUUGUUUACGUGAUAUAGUGGAGUCUAGUGUAGUAAAAAUUGCGUGUAUUACUGUAAAAUUUGUGAUUUGUUUCAAAAAUGUCUGAAGAAGUAGUAUCAUCAUUUUUCUUUCAUUCUGGAGAUUCCGCCUAUGAAGAGUGUGAAUUACAUGAAGACCUCUGUGACGAUUUGCUCCAUUUGUCAGACGAAUUAAAUUUAUCGCUUAAACAGUUUAAAAUGCCUCAGAAAGUAUGCUAUGUCUACAAUCCUACAAUUUAUGCUAGACAUACAUUUGAAAUGUAUAUCCGCAAAUAUUGCAAAACAAAAAAGAAAAUAGUGUAUUUUGGAAUGAAUCCUGGACCUUGGGGAAUGUCUCAGACAGGAGUACCUUUUGGUGAAAUAACUUCAGUAAGAGAUUGGUUGGGAAUAAGUGGUCCUGUGGAGAAACCUUCACCUGAAAAUCCUAACCGUCCAGUCUUAGGCUUUGAGUGCACCAGAACUGAAGUCAGUGGUAAAAGAUUUUGGGGUCUAUUUAAAACUCUGUGUGGCACACCUGAAAAAUUUUUUGAAUCAAGUUUUGUCUUCAAUUAUUUGCCUCAACAAUGGAUGACCGACUCUGGUUGCAAUGUUACACCGCAAGAUUUUAAAAAAAGUGAAGUAGAUGAUUUAUAUAAAAUCUGUGAUCCAAUAUUUAGCAAAGUUCUUGAACUUUAUGAAGUGGAAAUAAUUGUGGCAAUUGGAAAAUUCUGUGAGACAAGGGCUAAGGAGAUAUUAAAACGACACUCUCUCCCAAGACCUGUACAGAUAUUAUAUUUACCCCACCCAAGUCCUAGGGCAGUAAAUAAUAAUAAUUGGGAUCAGACAGCUACUGAAUUUCUAAAAAAGAAUAAUUUGCUAAAAUAUUAUACAAGCUAAAGUAAUUAGAAGUUAAGAAA